CAUCAUCUUUGGAACAUUAGACAAAACAUUUCCUCAUACCACACUGUUUCCUGGUUCCUUGUUUGAUUUCAAACUAAAUGAUAAUCCGUGUGGAAGACAGACAGAUAAAGGGGAGAGAGAGUGAAGGAGAGGCUGUGUGUGUUGGAAGUAGGCUAUAUAGGCUACAGUAUAUGUUAGUGUUGGUAUUUAUUUACUAUCUUUGUGUGGAGAGACUCACACAUUCACUAUGUCGCUCUCUCUGCUGCUGCUGCUGCUUCUGCUGCUGCUACCGAUCUGCAGCGCCCAGGCUACUAUUUUUUAUGGGACAGUGAUGACUUACUACCCAAAAAACACUUACGCAAAUGGAUCUGUCAAGGUGGUCCUACGCUAUAAGCUAAGCUUCGGCACUUGCCAAGAGAAUGCCUUGUGGACCUGCGGCAGUGGGAAUUGUGGGAAUGAGAGUUCUUUAGUGCUAAACAUUGUGGACCAGGAGAGCAGCGGAGAGUGGUGUCAGAGAGAGGGAAUCAUGACUCGCCAGGUUCCUAGCAACGCUCCGUUUCAGCUGGUUUUGGACGGGAAUUACUGGAUAGAUAACAUACAAAACAUCUAUCGGUGGAGUGCUUUGACUCUGGUGGAACUAAGGAACCGGUCAGACAUCGGCAGACCCAACACAUCACCCCAGACCACCAUCCUGCCAGAUCUGAGAGUUCCUUCAAACUGUCGGAGAGAUUUCAGCCUGUUGGCAUUUGACCCUGACGGAGACGAGGUUAGAUGCAGAUCUGGGGUCGUAACAAUAUCCUCUUGUAUUCUGUCAUUCAUCCCAGCACCUAACAGUUUUGAAGGUGCGUUCGUCAUACAGCUGGUGAUGGAGGACUUUCCCAGGCAGAAUAUCACCCUGACUCAAACCAACGGGUUGCAGACGAUCAUAACUCCCAAUGAAUCUAUCAGCGAAAUACCUGUCCAGUUUGCUUUCAGACUGGACCCUGUGGUACCAUCUUGCACAGAGGGACUCUAUCUGCCCAAAUUCCUGCCUCCAACCUCAGCCAACAGAGCUCAGCUUUACACCUCUGUCAAUCAGACCCUGGAAAUCAACAUCAGUGCAGAGGCAAAUGUCUCCACAAUAACUGAGCUGCUGUUCAGCGGGCCACACAACAUAGUCCAGACUACAUCAGGAACAGGACAGUACACCCUGAGAUGGACGCCAUCUGAACAAGAAGAUGGAGAAAGCCACCCGAUAUGCUUUGUUGUCCAGGCAGUUUCCAAUUCCACCAAGUAUCAGUCUGAGCUUCGAUGUGUCAUUGUCAGUGUUGCAACCAUUCUUCCAACUACUACACCAGUAGUAACAACCAACAUCACUAUACCAACCCCACAAAACACAACCAAUACAAUCACUACGCCAACUACAACAACCCCACAAACAACAACCACAGAUCCCCCAACGACUACCCCACUGACCACAUCAAACAUCACUUUGCCAACUCCAACUUUAACCCCACAAACUACAGCCACCAUUCCUGCAUCAGCUACCCCAAUAACAUCAAUCAUCACUACGCCAACUACAGCAAGUCCACCACCAGUUCCUACACCUGAAAACACAACAGGUGUACCCAACAUCUCAAACCAAUUUGUUGUUAUUUUGAGAGUGAAGCUUUCCUCUUCAUCUCCACUGUCUGAAGACUACCUCACGAGUAUCAUCACACAACAGAUCAGAGAUGAACUGGUGAGACAUGGACUGCCUUUAAAUGUGAUUGUAGGCCUUCUGAGUAUUGUGCAACAGUAAUUUACAACCUCAGCGACCCCUGUUGGUUCAACGUGAACAUUUAUUGACCCUGGAGAGAAAUGUAUUCAGUUGCCUGUCAAAUUCAAAACGUUUGAAGUAGCAUGUGGUGUAAUGAUCAGCUUUUAUGCAUAAAUACAAUGGAUGCAUACCAAGAACGUAAAUAUUUGAUUGUUUUGAAUGUAUAAGGUUCCUGUUGUGGUGUGUUUUAAAAUGUUUUUGUCCAAUGUGAA